CAGAAAAAUGUUUUGAUUUGCUUCGAAUUAUUACUGAUAAUGUAUAAUGCAUAAUAUAUCCUAUUUUGUUAUCUACCGUCAAAGCUAAUUACUUAUCACCGGACAUUUUUGGUUUUGCAAACCAAACUCAAACCCCAUCGCUCUCCUACCAAACACGUUUUUCUAUUGCUGGUCAAAUAGCCAACACGAGAAUCACAUCUUUGAUCCGCAGCAAUCAUUACGGGAAAUAAUAGCUAUCAGGAUGAUAGUGGACUCGUUACCUGUAAAGUACUCCUCCGUUUGCUCUUUAGUAGUAGUAGAGAUAGCGUUAUCAGAAUGGCACAUAGAGAAAUGGCGGGUCCUCCUCAGAGCUGUCUCGUCGAUUCCAGAAGCGGUUUCUGCCGAUCAAACUCCACAUUCUACAGUAAACGCACUCCACUCACUCUCCCGGCGAAUCCUUCCCUCGACGUCACGACUUUCAUCUCCUCUCAGCCUCACCGCGGCACCACCGCCUUCAUCGACGCCGCCACUGGCCACCGUUUAAGCUUCUCCGAUCUCUGGAGAGCCGUCGAUCGUGUCGCCGACUAUCUCCACCAUGAAAUCGGAAUUCGCAAAGGCGACGUCGUCCUCAUCCUCUCUCCCAACUCAAUCCACGUUCCCGUCGUCUGCCUCUCCGUCAUGUCUCUCGGCGCCGUGCUCACCACCGCGAACACUCUCAACACCGUCGGCGAGAUCUCCAAACAGAUCUCCGAUAGCAACCCGAAGCUCGCCUUCACGACUCCCGAUCUGGCUCCCAAACUCGCCGAUUCCGCAAUCCCACUCGUCCUCGAGCGCGUCGGACCCACUCGCGGAGUCAAGGUCGUGGGGAUUUUGAGCGAGAUGAUGAAGAAGGAACCGAGUGGGAAACGAGUGAGAGAACGAGUCAACCAGGACGACACGGCGGUGAUGCUUUACUCGUCGGGGACCACAGGUCCAAGCAAAGGCGUGAUCUCGUCUCACGGGAAUUUAACGGCUCAGAUGGCGAGAUUCGUCUCGGAUAAAUGGAAAGAGGAGGAGAUCUUCCUCUGCACCGUUCCCAUGUUCCACACCUUUGGAUUAAUUUGCUUCGCGAUGGGCACCGUAGCACUGGGCACGACGGUGGUGAUCCUCCGGAGAUUCGAGCUACACGACAUGAUGGCGGCGGUGGAGAAGUACAGAGCCACGAUUCUGGCUUUGGCGCCGCCGGUUGUGGUAGCUAUGAUUAACGGAGCAGAUCUGAUCAAGGCAAAGUACGAUCUGAGCUCCCUGAGAAUGGUUAGGUGCGGUGGAGCGCCGUUGAGCAAGGAGGUGACGGAGGGGUUCUUAGAGAAAUAUCCGACGGUUGAUAUAUUUGCAGGGUACGCGUUGACGGAAUCGAACGGCGCAGGAGCUUCGAUUGAGUCGGUGGAGGAGAGCCGGAGAUACGGUGCGGCGGGGCUGUUGUCGUCCGGUGUGGAAGCGAGGAUUGUGGAUCCGGAGACGGGUCGGGUCAUGGGUGCGAAUCAAACGGGAGAGCUCUGGCUCAAAGGGCCUUCUAUUGCCAAAGGUUACUUUAGAAAUAAAGAAGCUACAGAUGAAACCAUUAAUUCGGAAGGAUGGCUAAAAACUGGAGAUCUAUGUUAUAUCGACGACGAUGGGUUUCUUUUUGUUGUGGAUCGACUCAAAGAACUAAUCAAAUACAAAGGCUACCAGGUGCCUCCAGCUGAACUAGAGGCACUCUUGAUGACUCAUCCAGACAUUCUCGAUGCCGCCGUUAUUCCGUUUCCAGAUAAAGAAGCAGGACAAUAUCCGAUGGCUUACGUGGCACGGAAGCUUGAGAGCAAUCUCUCUGAGAAACAAGUUAUUGACUUCAUCUCUAAACAGGUGGCACCGUAUAAAAAGAUAAGAAAAGUCGCUUUUAUAAACUCCAUACCAAAGUCUGUAUCCGGAAAGACACUUCGUAAGGAUCUAAUCAAACUAGCCACUUCUAAACUCUGAGAUGUUCUAUUUGCUAGAUUCUCACUUUCGCAUAUGGUAUUGUUUUUUUUUUCUUUCAAUAAGAGGAAGAUGUAAUAAUACACAUAUGUAUGUAUAUAUAACUGUAAUUGAAAAUGAGACUUUCUCCAACUC